ACCUACUUUGGUCUCGCUUGUUGUACUACGCCGGAGUUAUUUGUUCAAUAUGCGAAUGAUCAUUAUCCCUUGCUGUCUUGCCCUCUUUGUGGCGCUCGUGGCAUCUGAGGGCAGUGCUGCAGCGGAGAAGCAAGUAGGUGACCAGAAAGCUGCUGAGGCGGCUGCUGGUGAGUCCCAGGCGCAUGAGAAGCGCGGUCUCCAUGAUUCCCUCGGGGAUUACUCCUUCGGUGGCCAUGACGAUCAUCACCACCAUCACGAGCACGUGAAGACAAUCACCAUCGAGAAGAAAGUCCCCGUGCCCUACACCGUCACCAAGCAUGUUCCAUACACCGUUGAGAAGAAAGUCCCUUAUGAGGUGAAGGUUCCCGUGCCACAGCCCUACAUUGUGGAGAAGAAGGUACCAUACACUGUUAAGGAGUACGUCAAGGUGCCCGUCCAUGUGCCCGAACCAUACACAGUUGAGAAGAAGGUCCCAUAUGAGGUGAAAGUACAUGUGGAUAAGCCCUACGAGGUCAAAGUCUUAGUUCCCCAGCCCUAUACUGUUGAGAAGAAGAUUGAAGUGCCAGUUAAGGUGCCCGUCCCACAGCCCUAUGAAGUCAUCAAGAAGAUCCCAGUCCCAGUUAAGGUGGAAAUCCCCGUGCCCAAGCCCUACACCGUUGAGAAGCACGUCCAUGUCCCCGUAAAGGUCCCAGUCGACAAGCCUUACAACGUCUACGUGCCCAAGCCAUACAAGGUUGAGGUGGAAAAGCCCUAUCCAGUUGUUGUGGAAAAGAAGGUACCGUAUGAGGUGAAAGUUCCAGUCGACAAGCCCUACAAGGUGUACGUGGAGAAGCCCUACAAGGUUGAAGUUAAGGUCCCAGUUCCUCAGCCCUACACCGUUGAGAAGAAGGUACCAUACACGGUUGAGAAGCCAGUGCCUUAUGAAGUGAAAGUGCCCAUUGACAAGCCCUACCCAGUCUACAAGGAAAUCAAAUUCCCCGUUCACAAGGAAAUCCCCGUGCCCGUAAAGGAGUACGUUCCAGUGAAAUUGCACAAGGAGGAGGAACACCAUCACUUUGAACACGAACACUACCACCAUCAUCACUAAAUCAACACGCUGAGGCUCUCCUAUGCUCUCCAAAAUUAUUCUUAAUGCACGAGACCUCUGUCUUUUCAUCUACUUUUCAUUCAAUCAAUCCACCACCACCCCCCAUGACUACAGGUUCAUGUACAAAGUGUUUCAUUUCACCACCAUCUUCCUCCUUCAAAGCACUUCCUGAUGCCUGCGCUAAACCACCUAAUCAUCAGACAAUCAUUCUAUAUUUAACAAAAUAUUUUUUUGAUGAACUCAAAGAAGUGGACCAAAAAACGAUGACGAGAAUUUCGAAGCAAAAAAAAACCGAUGAAAGCCUACAUUCUCUCCAAGCUACUCUAGCCAAUUGUGAUUUUUAUUAAUUAAUGUGUAAGACGUGUAAUUUUUGCAAGAAAUUGUUUUUUUUAUUUGUGAAAAGGCAAUAAAAAGACAUGAAUGUUUUUUU